AUGAGACAUGGUGGAUUUCUAGAACAACUGACAGUAAAAGUGAAUUCCGUGUUGGAGAAGGGAGACAUGCCCUUUGCAGACAGAUGCCGGAUACCUUGUGUGUUGAUACUUCUUCUUCUCCUUUGGGGAGGAGAGGGAUCUCAGAUUACGAGAGCAGGUUGCAAGAGCGUCCACUAUGACCUCAUCUUCCUCCUGGAUGCUUCUUCCAGUGUUGGCAUUGAUGAUUUCCAGAAGGUCCGCCAGUGGGUGGUUGAUCUGGUGGGCAGCUUUGAGAUUGGACCGGACAAAACCCGCGUCGGGGUCGUCCGUUACAGCACUCAGCCGAUGACGGAGUUUGAACUCGGCACGUACGUUACUGCCGAGCAAGUCAAAGAAGCGGCCAGGAAGAUCAGAUACCACGGGGGCAAUACGUACACAGGGGAUGCCCUGCGGUACAUCACCACGCACAGCUUUUCCGAAGAGGCUGGUGGGAGGCCAAGUGAUCCCAACGUUAAAAAAGUGGCCAUCCUUCUGACUGACGGGCGGAGCCAGGAUCACGUCUUGGAGCCAGCCACGGCGGCGCAUAAAGCAGGCAUCAAGAUCUUUGCUCUGGGAGUUGGUGAAGCUCUUAAAGAAGAGUUAGAGGAAAUUGCUUCUGAACCGAAGUCUGCGUACAUGUUCCACGUUUCCGAUUAUGAUGCCAUCGAUAAGAUACGAGUGCAGCUGAGGAGACGACUUUGUGAGAAUGUGCUAUGUCCCAGUCUCCGUGUGGAAGGAGAUAGAUUCAAAGAGACCAAAGGAGAAACUAUUCCAGGGUUUGACCUGAUGGAAUCAUUCAGCGUGAGGGAGAUCUUUGGCAUGAAGGACAAUGGGAUCCAGAGCUCUUACGUUCGGCUUGGCAGUUUCCCCAUCGUGCAGAAAACAGAAGAUGUCUUCCCCCAAGGCCUUCCAGACGAAUAUGCCUUUGUCACCACCUUCAAAUUCCGCAAGUCCUCCCGGCGAGAAGAUUGGUAUAUCUGGCAAAUCAUUGACAAAUAUGGCAUUCCUCAGGUGUCCAUCCGACUGGACGGCGAAAACAAGGCCUUGGAGUACAACGCUAUCGGACUGACCAAGGAUGCGGUGAGGGUCGUCUUCCGAAACGGGCGAGUCAGCGACCUCUUCGACCGCAACUGGCACAAGAUUGCCCUGAGCAUUCAGUCCCAGAGUGUGUCCCUCUACAUCGAUUGCAGACUGGUGCAGACGCUGCCCAUCGAAGAGCGGGAGAACAUCAACAUUCAAGGGAAGACCGUGAUCGGCAAACGCCUCUACGACAGUGUGCCAAUUGACUUUGACCUUCAGCGGAUGGUUAUUUACUGCGAUUCACGACAUGCUGAGCUGGAAACUUGCUGCGACAUCCCUUCUGGUCCGUGUCAAGUGACUGUCGUUACGGAUGCUCCUCCCACUGAAAUAACAUCCACCGUCGGAAGCGAACAGAUCGGUCACAUUAAGACUGUCAACUGCUCAUGUCCGCCUGGAGAAAAAGGUGAAAGAGGCUUCCCUGGGUUUGAAGGCCCAAGAGGCCAGAAGGGAGAAAUUGGACCAACUGGACUUCCUGGCCCAAAAGGAGAAAGAGGAGAACCGAGUGGGGCGUUUGGCAGAGCAGAGAAAGGAGAAAAGGGAUCCCUCGGUGCACCUGGCAUCCCAGGGAGAGAGGGUGCCACAGGAGAGAUGGGAGAGCCUGGACUUCCUGGAGCAGCUGGACUCCCUGGACCAUCUGGCCCAAAGGGAGCUGAUGGUCAGCCAGGACCCCCUGGACGGCAAGGUUAUGUUGGAGCACCCGGUUUGCAGGGAGAAAGAGGAGAAAAGGGACCCCGAGGGGACAAGGGAGAACCAGGACUCGAUGGUUUUCCUGGAAAGCCUGGUACAGAUGGAUUACCGGGCAUCAAAGGGAGUCUGGGACAAUCUGGUCCCAUUGGAUCCCCAGGACAAAAGGUACAGAUUGAAGGCUUGAAAGGAGAACAGGGAGCUCCCGGCCCACGAGGACCACUUGGCCCUCCUGGAUCCCCAGGUAGCCCAGGACCCCCAGGGCCAGAAGGCAAGCCAGGACCUGCUGGAUUACACGGCCUAAGGGGUAAGAAGGGAGAACCCGGUUUCCCAGGAACUGAUGGACUCCCUGGACUUAUGGGUCAGAGUGGACCUCCUGGAGUUGCUGGCCCUCCUGGACCCACCGGGCCUCCGGGGCUACCUGGCGAAAAUGGCAGAAAUGGCCAGCCUGGGCCACCAGGUCUACCUGGCAAAUCUGGCCUGGAUGGUUUGCCUGGACUUCCUGGAUCAAAAGGAGAAAGAGGAGAGAAGGGAGAGGACGGGUUCCCUGGUAAAAUAGGUCCCAAGGGUGAAACAGGAGAUCCGGGUCUACCUGGUAGAGCUGGAGAGAGGGGUGAAGCAGGCCUUCCGGGUCCAUCUGGUUUACCAGGAGUGAGAGGAGAAAAGGGAGAUCAGGGUGAAAAAGGAAGAGCUGCACUCCCUGGCUUCAAAGGCGAGAGAGGAGACAAGGGUGACAUUGGCCCUGCUGGUCCCCCAGGCCCACCUGGUACGACAUCCUUGUUUACACCUCAACCCAGCGGUCCUGGAGAACAAGGUCCACAAGGCGAAAAGGGGGACCAUGGAGAAAGAGGUGAACCCGGACCACGUGGCAUCUCAGGUGAGCCAGGGCUACCUGGACCUGCAGGGCCGCAGGGUACGAAGGGACAGGAAGGAGCAGUUGGAAGACCAGGAGUCCCUGGAGAGACUGGUGCUUCUGGGCCUGCUGGCCCCCCGGGUCCACGCGGCUUGCCAGGAAAUGUAGGUAAUCCUGGAGAUCCUGGCCAACCAGGAGGGGACGGACAAAAAGGAGAUAAGGGCGAUCCUGGGAAGGAUGGAAAACCAGGAGCGCCUGGGCGGGCAGGCGAUCCAGGACCUGUUGGAGAACCUGGGUUACCUGGCAAGAUUCGAGAUGGAGAAAGAGGUGAGAGAGGACCACCUGGAUUAUCUGGACCUCCUGGACAAAAAGGAGACCGGGGUGCUCCCGGUGUUCCUGGCCAGCCAGGAGACAGAGGCCCUCCAGGAAUUGGACUUGCUGGACAACCUGGCCCGAUGGGACCUCCUGGAGAGAAAGGGCCAUUGGGUCUCCGAGGUUCGCCAGGCAUACAAGGCCCCCCUGGACAAUCUGGUCAGGAUGGUUUGCCAGGAAAUCCAGGGGAAAGGGGACUUCCAGGAAAACCGGGUGCCUCUCCUCUGCUCUCUCCUGGUGAUAUACGUCUCUUAGUUAAGGACGUAUGCAGCGACUGUCCCCCUGGACCACCUGGGCUCCCGGGAAUGCCAGGAUUCAAGGGGGAUAAAGGCGCCCAAGGUCCGCUCGGCAGAGAAGGCCCAGUUGGAAAGGCAGGGGAGCCUGGACCAAGAGGUCAUCCUGGCCCACCAGGUGUGGAAGGUCCCAAGGGUGCAAAAGGAGACCGUGGGACAAUGGGUGAGGCUGGUCUGAAGGGUGAGCAGGGCCAUCCUGGGAUACCUGGCUUCUUGGGUCAACCUGGAAACCCAGGCCCACCUGGCUCCGAGGGACCCCCUGGACCUGUGGGACCACCAGGGAAUCCUGGAGAUGUGGGUAAAGAAGGCCCCUCUGGACCUCAGGGCCCUCCGGGAUUGCCUGGACUCCUGGGCAUUCCUGGAAAAGAUGGCAAAGAAGGCAAGCCAGGGUCUCCUGGGGAACCAGGUAAGCCAGGAGAGCCUGGACUACAAGGACCGGAGGGAUCUAGGGGGCUGCCGGGUUUUAAAGGACCCAGAGGAGAUGCAGGGGCCCCUGGCUCAAGGGGAGAGGCAGGCCCAGCAGGCCCUCCAGGCCGUGAAGGACAACCAGGAAAAGAUGGAGAUCCUGGCCCUGUUGGGCCUCCUGGCCCACGGGGGCUCAGAGGGCUGUCGGGCAAGAAUGGAUCACCCGGUCCUUCAGGGGAAAGUGGCCCUCCAGGUAACCCAGGCCCGAAAGGAAGCAAGGGCGAAACGGGCAGCCCAGGACUCCCUGGAUUCAUGGGGCCGCGGGGACCUCCCGGAGAACCUGGUGAAAAGGGACUUCAGGGGAAAGAAGGCACUCCAGGCAAACCAGGGGAGCUUGGAGGCAAAGGUGACCGGGGGGAUCCUGGCAACAAAGGUGAAAAGGGUCCACCGGGAGAGAAGGGCUCAGCCGGUGAUCCUGGCAUUCCUGGUCGUAAAGGGCACUUAGGGUUAAUGGGUCCACCAGGACCAUCAGGGGAUACCGGACAGACUGGACCCCCAGGUGCUCCAGGACAACCAGGAUUUCCUGGACCUAGGGGGGAUCCUCCAUCACUUGAAACGCUGCGAAGACUCAUUCAAGAAGAGUUAGGAAAGCAACUGGAUGCUAGACUGCCCUACCUCAUAAGUCAGAUGCAGCCAGCCAACAUCAAAGCACCUCAAGGUAGACCAGGACCUCCAGGGUCACCUGGUAAAGAAGGUCCCCCAGGCCGACUGGGUCCUCCAGGAGAACCUGGCAGGCCAGGACAGCCUGGCUUGGAAGGGCCAUCAGGACCCCCAGGACAGAAAGGUGAAAGAGGAGACAAAGGAGAAAAAGGAGAAACUGGUGUUGGUCAGCGAGGUGAAACAGGUCCCCCAGGAAUUCCAGGUGUCCCAGGUGAACCAGGGUAUGCCAAAGAUGGGCUGCCAGGAACCCCGGGCCCGCAGGGUGAAGUGGGUCUCCCUGGCCUGAUGGGACCCCAGGGGCCUCCAGGAACCAACGGACAAUGUGACCCAUCUCAGUGCGCUUACUAUGCAAGCCUGGCCGCCAGGCCCAGCAACGUCAAAGGCCCCUAAAAGGCAACCUCCCCUCUUCCAGGGACUUCUGAUGGACCUAAUUGUGAAACUUGAAUUCAACAAGGAAAUCAGGGGUUCAAGCCUGUUUCGCUCCUGUUUCUUUG